AAUUAUUAAAAUCUGUGAUUUCAUUGGACAUUGCGAUCACCGAUUCUUUUUCUUUGAUACUACGAACUAUAAUUCCUAGGUCCGAAGGUGUACGUUUUUUUUACUCUUCGAAAUUAUAGUAAUUCAUUUUCGUACAAUUUUUUUUGUUUAAAUUAUAAGUAAUUGACUUUAUUAAAAUGUCAAUUCUUAAAAAUGGAAUGAAACUACUGAUGAACAGAUCAGCUCAAAAUGCAUUGGGAAAUAAAUGUCUCCAUACUCCAUCGUCAUUGGACACGGCUAAAACCGUUAACAUCAAGUCACCGAUUGCUAGGGCGUUUGCUUCUAGUGAACUAAAUGAGGAUAAAUAUUCCAACAUGCCAGCUGAACGAAUAACAUGCACAUUAAUUCCGGGUGAUGGAGUUUAUCCUGAAUUGAUGAAUUCUGUUCAAACUGUACUGAAAGCAAUUGGAGCCCCUAUUGAUUUUGAAACCAUAUUAUUUUCAGAAGUACAACAUUCUAGCAGUGCUCAAGUUGAAGAUGUUAUCAAAUCAAUUAAUCGCAAUAGAAUUUGUUUGAUGGGUGCAUUAAUGAGUCCUGAUGUUAGCUAUUCUGGAGAACUUCAAAAUUUACAUAUGAAACUCAGGAAAGGUUUAGAUUUGUAUUCUAAUGUUGUUCAUGUAGUUUCAUGGCCGGGAGUUGCUUCUAGACAUAAAAAUAUAGACAUGGUAAUUAUUCGUGAACUUACAGAAGGAGAAUAUUCAGCCCUUGAACAUGAAUCAGUUGAUGGUGUGGUUGAGUGUUUAAAAAUUGUUACUGCUUCAAAAUCUCAAAGAAUAGCAAAAUUUGCUUUUGAUUAUGCCAUAAGAAACAAACGUGAGCGUGUUACAUGUGUUCAUAAAGCUAACAUUAUGAAACUUGGAGAUGGCUUGUUUUUAAAAAGUUGUUCAGAGAUCAAACAACUAUAUCCCAGUGUCAACUUUGAAGCUAUGAUUGUUGAUAACUGUACUAUGCAAAUGGUAUCCAAUCCUCAACAGUUUGAUAUUCUAGUUAUGCCCAAUUUAUACGGAAACAUAUUAGACAACUUGGCAGCUGGUUUAGUAGGUGGAGCAGGUGUUGUUGCUAGCUCAUCUUUCAGUCCUGAAUGCGCUGUAUUUGAACCAGGUGCAAGACACGUAUUCCAAACUGCUGUUGGUAAAAAUAUUGCUAAUCCGACUGCGAUGUUGAUGUGUGCAUCUAAAAUGUUAAGACAUGUUAAUCUACAACAUUAUAGUGAAUCCAUACGAACUGCAAUUAGAGAAGUACUUGCUGCUGGAAAAGUAAGAACGAGAGAUUUAGGUGGUUCAAGCAGCACUCACGAGUUUACUGACGCAGUUAUUAAAGCUAUUGUUUAAAUUAUUAUUAUUACCUUAUUUUUGCGUGUUGAACAUUAAAUUUUCUUGUAAUAAUAAUUUUAUUUCUCAUUUUAGCUUAAUUUGAUCAGUUGUACACAGUAUUAUUGAAAUAGAUUACAUACUUAAAAAAAAUGUAUUGUUAAUCUAGAUAACAAUUUUAUCAAAAACUUUAAUACUUCCUUUAAUGUUAUAAUUUCAUCAAUCAUUAUUUAUUAAAUUUAAUAUUUAAAAACACAUUUGUAUAAAAUAUUUAAAUUAGCCCAUCGCAUAUUAAAAUACUAUUUAAAAUUUUUUAUGAACCAUUGAAAAUAUAUUCAAAAGUUACACUAUAAGUUUGUGUUUUAAAUAAAAAAUAUUUUAGGUAUACAAAAAAAUUUCAGUUUAUUGUACUUAAAAUAUUAUUAAAUUCUUGUAUUCAAAUCCUAAUUGCUUAAUUUUAAGAAUAGUCUCUUUUAAAUAAAUAAGUAAUAAAUCACAAUUUAUUAAACUUUGUAAUUAUUAUUGUUAGUUUAUUAUCUGUUUUUAUUGUAAGAAUUGAUCAGCAUAAUACCAAUUAUACUUUAUUAUCAUUAAUUAUUUAACAGAUUGUUAUAAUGUAUACAGAUAAUGUAUUUUAGUAUUAAAUAAAGUCUUAUUUAACUAUCA